UUGAAGAGAUUAGGAAUUAUAAAGAUUAUAAUACAUUUGGAAAAUUAAUUCUCCUAAAAUGGCAUUAGAAUGAGUUAUUGUGAACACUGGGAUGUUCAUAAUCGAAUAUGUGCACUCAACAUUGUUCAUAUCAAUGAUCAUCGCAAAUCUAGGCAUAAGCAUAUGGUAUCUCUGAAUACACAUAUCAGAGCCAAAAAUUUUCUGAGUUUGGGCCUUGUCCAGCCUCACAUUACACAUUGGGUCAUACGCGAUGUAUAUUACAAGGCCGAUCAAUGGUCAUCCAAAUAUCGUCAGGAGACUGCUAAGAGCUGUUCUUCCGGCUAAAGUUUGGAAAUUGCUCUUGUUCAGAUGGCUUUACAAAAAAGUUGAAAAUUAUCCAAUAUUUUCCCAUCUUAUACACAUGUUAGGGAUGCUAACUUUCUGCUUAAUUUUUGGAUUUUAUAUAAACCCAGAAUUGCAUCAAAAUUAUAACAAGCAUGAUUCAGGAAAAGAAGCUGAAGUAGAUAUGGGGAAAUUUGCCUUCAUAUCAUCAAUAUGCCUUGGUUUGGAUAUUUUUAUCAUGGAGAUACUCAUUGCCAUAUCCAUGGUUCCAGUCCUCCCAAUCUCGGCUCUAAUUUAUGUCUGAAGCUACUGCUGCUGUUGGUCAGGAAUUCGAACUAUUAUGAAUGAGAAGCAAGGUGAUGACGAAGACUCUGAAGAGGAAGAAUCUGAUUUUUUUAGAAAUUUCAAAAAGGGAAGAACACUCCAGCAAUUACUUCUUUACAUAUAUAAGCACAAUAAAAUAAUUUUCCGAAAAGCUAAUUUUAGAGAUCAUUGUGAAGAAGUCACCACGAAUCCUAUACUUUCUCCAGAUAAGAAUGAAAAUGACUCAUUUUUCGGGGAAGAAAUUUUGAAGAAUGGGCGACCAAGGGAAGAAAGUUUUCUUACCAAUGACGUGUCAAGAAAGAUCAGCGAAAUGGGACUGAUAGAUGACGUCAGCCUAAAUCAAUCUCCAGAUACUUCUCUCACACCUGUUAGAGCAUACGACCCUGCCAUUCAAGCUUUUAUAGAAGAAGUGCAUAAAGAAUUUUCUUUAGACAGUGACGUCAAUGAGAAACCGAUCUCAAUAAAAGAAAGAAAAUCAGAGGAGAAAAAGAUUACAGAUGUGCCAUCUACCAAAGAAAAACCCGGCAGGAAAAUGACCGAGAACAUUAUACUUGUUAAGAAGAAAGGGCUUAAGAAAGUUCAUAAAAACUCUCAGGCCUCCUUUAAGAUCAGGGGAAGAUCCUCCAUGAAAAAGAUCGAGAGAGGAAUCUUAUGCUCUAUUUGUCAAGACGAUGCUCAGGAGAAUGAUUCCAUGCUUCAGUUAGAUUGUGGAAGGACACAUAUCUUGCAUUUUAAUUGUCUUAAGGAAUGGAUCGCUCGUAAGCCUGAAUGCCCAUCCUGACGCUCAGAUCUUUUUAAGCUAUACAGUUCUAAAAUCCUUGACGAAGGCAAGAAGAACAGUGAACUUUAUCAAUACAAUGAGUGUCUCUAUGCUGAAGACUUGAUCCCCUUGAGAAAAGCAAAGCUGAAUCUGUUUGAGGAAAUAGAAUAUUUGGAAAAUCUGGAAAAGAAAGAAGAAAGCGCAUCUUUGAAUAUUCUACAAAGAUUGUAACCUCAAAUUUAAAUUUCAAUGUUAUGAAA